AUGUCGAACCAGUACGCCUACUACACCCCGCCACACCUGCGCACCUACGCCUCCCCGCAACAACAACACCCGUCGGCAUCCUCCUCCGCCUCCAGAGCGGCGGCAGCAGCAGCGGCCGCGUCGAUGCCCAUCACGGAACCCAGCUUCACGCCCUCGAUGCGCGACCGCCAGGCCCGCGGCAAGGACCCCUACACGCCGCACGACAGCCCGACGACCUCGGACAUGGAGUUCGACCCCGUGGACUCGCCCUCGCGCGGGGGCGGCGGCGGCGGCAGGCUGGGACAUCUGGUGAGCGGGAGGGGCGACUCAUUCGAGGACCGCAGGCAGAAGGCCUUUGCGAUUGAGGUUCUGGAUGAUCCCGAGAAGUUGGCUAUGUAUGCCUGUAGUCGCGGAGACAGCAUCCCCGGCACCAGGCUCUACUUCACGCGCAUCCUGUGCGGGGUGAAGGCGGACGCGGCGCAGCAUGCGCAGGACUACCGCAAGGCGAAGGGCGCGAGGCAGGACAACCGCAGAAGAAGCGCGGGUGGCGAUAGGAUUGGUCGGCACUGA